AUGGCCGCUCUCGCACCUCCCCCGGCCCCUACCCUGGCAGACCUGCCCCUCGAACAACUCAGCCUCUACCAUGUCGUCGACCCCUGUUUAUCGUCGAUUCUCGUGUUCUAUGGAGCUGUCUCCACCGUGAAUGCCACCGUCAGCAGCUCCCGCAUUCAAGCUCAUAUCUUCACACCGGCCGGCUUCCAAAGCUACCCCAGAAUAACGGUCUCUCCUGCUGCCCCGGUGUAUGCAGCUGUCAAACACCUGCCUCGCGACAAGCAAGGCGACGAGGUUUCUCGUGGACUUGCCGUCAGCAUGUUGAGAUACUUCGCCGAGCUCUCGGAGCCGGCUAAAAACCGGCUGGCGGGUCUCGCUCGAAUCGGACGACCAGGGGGCAAGAUCCCUAAGAUGUUCGAUGAGAUGCAUGCAGCCGAUGUGGCCAACCGAAUGGUCAAAGUGGAGGAUUCAUCGGAAAUAAUUCACGACAUUCGGAGUGCCUAUCAAGAGCGGCGAGUGCCGUGGAUUGACAUCGACGUGAUUCUUCCCGCGGGCACCAUACAAGCGCCCCAGCGACGUGGCAGUGAAAGCUCAGACCUUGACACUCAGAAUCCCCAGUACGGACCAUACACACCCCUCAUAGAAGCAUUGGGCGAUCCCAUGUUCUUGCCCACAUCUCGAUUAAAGCGCGCACCAUCUCAGCCCACCAAUGUCAGCAAAUCGCGGUUGUUCGCAAGAAGCCAAAAGGAGGCCCUGCGCUUGACCAUGUGUGAGCUCGUGGACACGGAGGAGAGAUACGUCGCCAAGUUGUACUCCCUCGUUCACGAAGUGGCCGAUGAGUUCAUACAGAAAGCUCAAGCGCGAAGACCCUCAAGCACAAGUCCCGAUGAGGCAGCUUUGGCAGCACUAUUUCCUCCAUGCCUGCGUGAAAUUCUGGAGGUCAACCUUGGUUUCUUGAAUGUCAUCCGACAAGUACUUGAUGACACAGAGAAAGAAGCCAUUACGGACAUUGGGCAGGACACAGAGCUUCCUUCGCGGGGUCUACCCAGGGAUAGAAAGGAUGCACUGGGAGCCGUGGAGUUUGCGAAAGCUCUCUUCGAAUGGCUACCCCGAUUCUCACAGCCAUACGGGGACUACAUGCGAGCGCAUACCGGCUUCACCCAGACCCUGAACCUGUUCAUGAAGGACAAAAACUCCAGCUUCUCGAAAAGGGUGUAUGAAACAGGAGAACAGAGAUUGCGCUCUUUGCUUAUGGAGCCCGUCCAGCGACUUCCUCGGUACAGUUUGUUGAUUGACACGAUGACAAGCAAUCUCCCACUGGUUCACCCUGCUGUGCGAACCUUGUUAAAAGCACGAGAUGUUGUAAAGGACAUAUGUGCGCUUGAAAACGACUCGCCGUCAAGCCAUGCUCAAAGCCUCGACCGAUUGAGAGAGCUUGUCAAUGGAUGGCCAGCUCGGACGUUUCCUGAGGGUCGGUUGAUUACUGCAGUUGACUUUAACGAGGUGGUCCCUCCUUUCCAGUUGGAGCAACCAUCCGGCCAAAGUGCAGGAAUAAUGCUCCUCUACAAAAAUUGCAUGGUCCUUUUGGCCAAAUCCGACGAAAGCCGAGCUACGGCACGUGGAGUGCUGGCUGAUAUUGAUAAUGCAGCCUCGUCAACGUCAGACAUGCCCAUGUCUCUCCCACCGUCAGACUUACAAGUUGUGCAAGUACUGGACUUUCACAAUGUUCGUUGUAUGCAGUCCCAAUGUGGCCGAAUAAUGUACAUUCUGCCUGUAUCCGCCAAGACAGCAUCGUCUGAGUCAAAUUCUGGAGCAGACUUGAUUGCAUUGGAAUUGGCCACGACAUAUGAAGGCAAAGCCAGCAGGUUGAUCGAAGAGAUAUCAAAGGCCAAGAUCGAAGGUAGAUUCCCCGAAAGCGAAAGAGAAGGAGGAAAAUGGACGCUCAGAAGUCCUCCAACGGGGGCCGCUAGUAAUGUCGGAAUCCUGGCCUGCGUUUGUGAAGAUGGCCAAACUGCCGCACUGAACCCUAUCCACCCAUCCCCGAUACGAGUUGUUUUCGAUACCUCAAAAACUACUUGUAGCCAAAUACUGAAGGGCUCCAACCUGGAAGUCGUGAUAUCGAUAUCUCCACCGAACGGAGAUCAUCAAUACAGACUGGACGUUGAAUCGGUGGUUGGCUUUGGAUCCGCGGAUUUGAUCACAGUGGAAACUUUUAUUCCUACCCUUGCAAGGCGCCUUCAAUAUCUUCUGUCCCCACUGCGUAGCACUCGAAACCCGGUUCUCACGGAACCAUUGGUCCGUUCCAACUUCGAAAUCCUACGUUACGUGGCUAGCAGCUUGACUGCGCAAGUGAAAUCCUCGCGAGGCUUCCGGCCACCUUCACCCACCAAACUUAUCUCUAACCUUCUGGGAGGGAGUCGUGACAGUGCCCCUAGUUCCAAAGGUCCAGGAUCGGCCACUCUCACGGGUGAAUUUCCGAAAAUUCUCCCGCCCCGAGGCCAACUGUCACGAUCAAAUACUUUGCCAUCAACUUUCCCUGGGAAAGAUAAAGACAAAGACAAAGACAGGGAAAGAGAGAAGGAGAAAGAGAAAGAGAAGGAAGAAGGCAACAACAAGAUAUCAGUCGUUGGAGCUUCAACCUCUAAGGGAUUGGACACCCAAUUCGGGCUGUUAGAGCAGACAUUCGCAGCUUUUGUGCUUUCUCUGCAAUCUCGGAGUGGAAAUAUCUUGGGCCGCAUGCUUCGGGUUAGAGACCACGUUGACCGAGCUCCAGUCAAUGAGCUUUACAACAUUCUUUUGGAGGACCCAAGCAGGAUUCAAGCAGCCGCAGAAGUGCCUGUCGAUACUCUCUUUGUUGCGUUUGAAACGUUUUUGGCCAACGCCUGGCACCAGAGCAUGGGCCCUAUUUUGAGCUCAUCUUCGCUGAAGUGGGUUCAGAGUCAGUUCGAUACUAUGAUCCCACGCGAUUUCGACGAUCAAUUCCGAAAAUUCCUAGCAGACAUGACUCCACAGAACAGACGUGCUCUCGGCGCAAUCAUUCGCUUGCUCGCAGAGCUGCUUGAUGCGUCGGGGAAUGACGGUGAUCGAGGUGCUUUAACCAUGGCGUUCGCUGAGGUUCUCACCGAAGAUGGCGAUCCUAGUCACCAUGUCUCCUUGCUUGACCGACUUGUCGAAGACUUCGACGUACUCUUUGAAGAUUUCAUCCCUGGUGGCACCUCAGUGGAGGGCACUUUGACUUGUGGUCAGUCCAAAGGACACAACACGGGGUCAGUAGGUUCGAACUCAUCCUCUUUCCGAAAGCGCUUUGGAUUUGGAUCACACAAGGAAAGCUCGAAGCAUGAAGGCGAAGGAAAGGUAGCAUCCAUCCUACGAACGUUGAGCAAAAAGCAAAGUCCUGCGGGAUCAGAGCCCAACACCCCUAAGGGUAGCCUAAUUCGCUCAAAGUCAACUGAUGUGGAUGCUCGCCUCGGAUUCCUGCGUCCCACUUCCAGUGACCGUUCAUACGGCUUUGCAUCGGAAGAAACAAUUUCAAGACCAGGUACAGGUCAUGAACAGCCUCCCUCUCUCUCAUCCUUCCGAGGCUUCUCCGAGGAUCGCGUGCCCAGAACUCGCAGGAAGCGAAGGAGCUCGUUGUCAGACCUUCGGCCACCUACAGCAUCUUCAGAUGCCUCAAGCAUUUCUCCAACCCAACAGCUACGCCCGACGACCCCCUCAAGCUACACACGUGGUGAUGUGGUCACUCCAACCAAGCAAUCCAGACCUCAAAGCAGUUAUAUCCCUGUCUCGCCUAUGCGUGGUCAAUCCCCAAUGCGCUCCCAAUCACCGGCAAAGUCUAGCUCUCCUUCAAGAUUGGGAUCGCCCAUUCGCCGAAUGUCACCACCUCGUCCGUCCACGCCGAGCAAGAAGGAAAAUAUUGACCCUAGAACGCCAUACACGGAGCGGACAACCAAAUCCAGGAGGGAUGUUUCGGAAUCGCCUGGCGAAGAAGCAAAGAGGGGACCUCGUGCAUCCAGUAUCCCUCAACGAACCCCAGGCCUCCGAGAGCGACCAGCCAACAAUGGAUCGGAGAACAAGCGGCCUCAGUCAUCGUCCUCUUCUCAGAAGCCGCAGAGAGCACGGAUGCAAAGUCCACAGAAGUUGCGCGAGCGCGUCCAACUGGAAAAGAAGACCCAAUAUGCUACUCAACUAGGCUUGAGAGAUGAGAUUUCUGCAAUCAGUGACGAACUGCGAUCUUUCAAGCUCACACCCCCAAGAGAACUCAGCCCUAUGGAUCUGAGCUUCAGCUUUGACCGUGAAGACAGCCAUGCAUCUUCUGCGACUACUGCGUCCCUCGAAGCUCGCAUGCGCAACAUUGAAGCCAAAUUUGACAUGCUGACAGCCGAAUGCAAUGGGCGCACAUCGGCUAUUGAGAAAGACCUGGAAUCUUCGUUGGUUCUUAGCGAGAGGCGCGUGAAGAAAUUGGACGAGCUGUAUCGGGAAGCAAGUGCGGAAAACGAGGCUCUCUACGAUCGAUUCAACACCGAGCUCAGCAAAGUUGCCAAGGAUGUCCGAUCGGGACAUGCCGAAGAUGCCCUGAAGUCUCAGCUUGCUAGUGCCUUGGACGAGAUUGGCCGUGUCAAGAAAGAGAACUUCCGCCUGAAGCGAGAAGUCGGAGGUCUUCGGGCUCAAUCGGCUGCCCAUGCGCUGCUCAAAGCGAGCGAGCAAUAA